AACUUCCUGGUUUUGUUUUGUUUGUAUAGUAGUGGGGAACUUUGCAAGCUUUGUCAUUUCCAAACAUUUAAAAGUUAAUUAUAUUCGUUCUUGAGUCGAAAUGUUUUGGAAACAUUAAAACUGACAAUCGUGUUGAUAAGAUGUACAGUGGUUUGCUGUCCUGCUUUUAGUCAUGCUAAAUAGGCGAGAUGUAGCGAGUUAGCUAACGGCUAACUUGACAGCUAAUCUAGCUAGCAAUAACAGUUAGCUAGUUUGGAUAGGAAUGAUAUGCUGCUAGGCGAUUAGCCAGCCAUCACUGAUUAUGUUUCUGCCUAUUCGUCUGUUAUGCUUUUACUUAUUUUAAAUAACUUCUGCGCUAUGGACACCGAGGGAAUAGAGAUCCGUAUAAAGACUCCCGUCGGGGAUAUGGACUCCCCUGUAGACUUCCCUUCUCUUUUGAGUUUCAAUGACUUGUUGGUCGCUAUUAGGGAUGUCAUGCCUGAAACCACGAUCACUGCGUUUGAAUAUGAGGAUGAGGUGGGGGACAGAAUCACUGUGAGGAGUGAUGAAGAACUCAAAGCCAUGCUUUCGUAUUACUGCAACAACGUGAGCGAGCAGCGGUUGAAUGGUGUUCUCCCUGAGCCUCUCCAGAUAUUUCCUCGAGCCGGCAAGACUCCAGGGAUCCGGAACAUACAUGGCCUGAAGGUGAACACAAGACCCGGCCUGUCCAAUGACCAUGGCCCUGCCGCUGCAGACAGUGUGCCCAGCAACAGUCUAAAGAAGUCCUCUGCUGAGCUAAAGAAGAUUUUGACCAAUGGACAGAUAAAUGCUCAAGAUAUACAGUACCAGGAGCAACUGGGUCACGGUAAUGGAGGGACAGUUUACAAAGCGUACCAUCUCCUUGGCAUGAGAGUGCUUGCAGUGAAGGUCAUUCCUCUGGACAUCACUGUGGAGCUGCAGAAACAGAUCAUGUCAGAGUUAGAGAUCCUCUACAAGUGUGAUUCCCCCUACAUUAUAACAUUCUACAGUGCCUUCUUUGUGGAGAACAGAAUAUCCAUAUGCACAGAGUUUAUGGACGGUGGCUCUCUGGACGUCUACCGGAGGAUUCCGGAGCACGUUCUGGGCAGGAUCGCUGUGGCGGUAGUAAAAGGUCUCACUUAUCUAUGGAGCCUGAAGAUUCUGCACAGAGACGUGAAGCCUUCCAACAUGCUGGUGAACACUCAAGGUCAAGUGAAGCUCUGUGACUUUGGAGUCAGCACGCAGUUGGUGAACUCCAUCGCCAAGACGUAUGUUGGAACUAAUGCAUACAUGGCGCCGGAGAGAAUAUCAGGGGAGCAGUACGGCAUUCAUUCAGACGUCUGGAGCGUGGGCAUCUCCUUCAUGGAGUUGGCACUGGGUGCGUUUCCCUAUCCACAGAUUCAGAAAAACCAAGGAUCUUUAAUGCCUCUCCAGUUACUGCAAUGCAUCGUUGAUGAGAACCCCCCUGUUCUUCCUGUGGGUCAAUUCAGCGAGAACUUUGUCCAUUUCAUCACACAGUGCAUGAGAAGACUACCCAAAGAGAGACCUGCCCCUAACAACCUGAUGGAACAUGCCUUCAUCCUGCUCUACAACGACGGCAACACAGAAGUGGUCUCCAUGUGGGUGUGUCGUUGCCUGGAGGAGAGAAGAGCCCAACGACGUAUGUGACCUGGCAUUGGGUCAAGGGUCAUGGGUAUCGUUUAUGCCACAGUCUCUCUGGACUCUUUGACCGUUCGUUAACCCUGGGAGUGGACAUCAGAUGUCAGCAUCACCACUUCUAAAAUGCAUUGAGGUCUGUGACGUUCAAGAGGACACCUGCAUGUCCACAUUGAGUAAGCCAAGAGGAUGCAAUGCUUUAUUCUUAUUUACAACUGAACUUUGGACUGAACUUACCUGGACAAGUAGAACUUUCUUACCUGGACCCUGAGCACUCUGACUAACAGUUGAUGGCUUGAUGAUAUAGUUCUUGGUGACCCUGUCCAACGAUUAAAACCUGGCUCUCACAACUUCCUGAAUGAAUUUAGAAUUUAGUGAUACUCAAUUCUAAACUAGUCUACCCUGAAUAAGACUUCAGAAACAGAGUGUGAGUAAGUCAUCAGUUAUGAGACACGAUUUUAAAACCAAAAUGGAUUUCCAAUAACAAAUAAGUGUGAUUUAUUUAUUUAUUUUGCAGGAUGAAGCUCAUCUAACCUGUUACACUUUUGGCAGCUUUCUAGUGAUUGUCAAUGUGCCGGUGUAUACUGCAUUUACCAAUGUGCGUGCCUAUUUUUUUUCUUCUUUUUCUCAGAGAUAAAAAAAAAAACUUUACCUCAUCAACUUAUAGUGGCCUCAGUUAUCGUCUUAUGUCAGACCGUGCAUGGGUCCACCUGCACGGACCUAUCUUGUAAGCUGCUGGUAGGUUAGAUCGAAGGCUGUGUGGCUACAGUGUGCCUGAUAAAAUUCCCCAAGCCUGUAGUUGGCUCUGUUGGCUUAAGCCUCUCUGUCGUUCCGGCCCAGAGUAGCAUUUCUGGUCAAGGCCUAUUUAAAAUUUGCUCUGUAUCGUUUUAGGGUUGAAGAGUAGGAUGUGGAACAGGGCUGCCUUGUCAGGUCGCCCUCUAGGAACGCUCAGGCGGUUUUUUUUGGCAGGGGAAUGCCAAUGUGACAAGGAGCAGAACGGCUCGGUGAGGGGUGCUGUGAUAUUCACCUCACACGGACCUACUUAGGAGUUUUGCAAUGGGCCAAGGCCAUGAACAAUAAAUCGGUCAAUAAAGUUGCCUGUUUUGUGAAGAAAACGUGGUUGUUCCAGUUCACGUAUACUGUAGCUUAGUAUUGGUGCUUCACCAGGCAGUAUUUCUUGAACAUACAAUUGGCACUGCACCUAGCUUGUUGUUAAUAUGUCCAGUUGCUAGCUGAAAUGAUAACGCAACACAUCCAUCUCCCUUAUUAGUCUGGCACACCCAAAGCCGAACACUUCCACCAAAAAUGUCUAGGUUUGAGAAUUCAGAGUUUUUUAUGAAACAGCAGUUUUAUCGCUAAUGUUUGCAUUUGCCUCCCGACUCAGCUACUGUUCGUAGCCGGCCACGAUGCAAAGUAAAGUUAGCAAUGGCUGAGAAUUUUAACACUAUUAAAUCCUCAAAUUAAGAACUAUAAUUUUAUCUUUGAAUUGCAGAUGCUCUGUCAUUUUGUGGAUUAGGUUGAGGGAUGCAUCAGUUAAGAUACCAGGGUUGUGUGUGAGUGACACAAUUUGAUGUAGGGCGAUGGGCUUCAGUCGCUUUUGUACUGCCGAGGAUCCACACUUAUACCUGUCCACAUUUUGUCAACUUUUCAACCACUCGGCCUUUGUUCUAAACCUGUACAUGAUGCAACAUCAUGACAAACUUUUCAACCACUCAGCCAUUGUUCUAAACCUGUACAUGAUGCAACAUCAUGACAAACUUCAAGUAUUUUAAGAAGUCCAUUCCAUUUUUAGCAGAACACUUCUUAAGAUCUCACUUACCCACCACUUGUGUAUUCAUACUCAUUUAAUUCCUCAAUUAUACUCCUGAACAAUACGUUUUUUUUUGUUUUCGUUUUUUUGGAUUUUCUGUGUUGUCUUUCAUGUCAUGAUGGAGGCAGUAUUGCAUUUUUACAUGAAUAGUUCAAAUGAAAAACCUAGAUCAGUUUUGUGUGUUUCACAAGACAACUUUAGAACAAUAACGCACGAGGCACAGAGAGAUAUAUAUAUAUAUAUAUAUACACACAGUAUCGCCCAGAAGUUUGGACCCACCUUCUCAUUCAAUGCG